UAUCAUUCUUUCUUUUAUACACUUAUUUAUUUUAUUAUUUGUUGUCUUCAUUGUCUUUCUUGUAUAUCAUAGUCUGUCUUAGAAAUUACGCCCGGAAAUUCCAGUGCAGCAAAAUCCCACUGCUGUCAAUGGGAUUGCGCUUCACAGUCCACACUUCGGAAAUUUAGCGGCAGCUUUCGCCACUAAAAUUCCACCACCGAAAGAACGAUCUUGAAAGAUUCUAUAAUCUUAACAUUUACAAAGAAGAUAUAGACUACCAUAUUGGUUUAGGGAGCUAUAACCUGAGUGAAAAAUGCCAAAAUAAUCUGAUACAUAAGCCCGGGGUGUAAACAGAAUCCACAGACUGUAUAAGUUUUAACUCUAAGGCCGGGUUCACACGGUUGAUAAAUGUGCUGAAUGUCCGAAAAAGAAUAGACUUGACUAUUCUUUCUAGAGACUCUGGAAUCUGAAUUUCCGUGCCAGAAACAUCUGGCGAGGAAAUUCUUCCAUGUGAACCGUGCAGCAAAAUCCCAUAGAAAUCAAUGGGACUCUUCUGCUGCGGAAUUUCCAUGCAGAAUUCUGCACAGACAUUCUGCCGUGUAAAAACAUAACCUAAAAGCUCCUAGGCCAGUGGUCUCUCAACUAUGGACCUCCAGAUGUUGCAAUACUACAACUCCCAGCAUUCCCGGACAGCCAACAGCUGUCUAAGCAUGCUGGGAGUUGUAGUUUUGCAUCAUCUGUGGUGGUGGUGGGGGGGUCCACAGUUGGGAGACUACUGGCCUUUGAAAUCUCCAUGUAAAAAAACAAGCUUAGUAAUGGUUAUUCAUGCUGGUGUGGUGCAAGGAAAUUUGGGGUGGUUGCCCAAAAACCUGAGCCGGCUCGGGACCUAGACGAGAGGCCAUGGCAUCACUGAAUGAUGUUCUGCAGGGGCACAUACAUUGAAUGUAUGUUUGACUAUGCCUAUAUACCACAAGCUUUUUUGUGUAUGCAGCUAUUUGCAUGAUGCUUUGACUUUAGAAAUAUCAUAUAUAAACCAUUGUCCGCUCCUUGCAUCGAAAUACCUGGUGGCUUUUUAUGCUACAUAAACGGCUUAUUUAGGAUAUACAAGGGAAAAUUUUAUUUUUCUUAAAGAACUCCUCUUACUUGUGUCUGCUAUCCUAUUGUAGCCAUGAGCUUUUUAACCUCUGCUGUGCUGGAGGAACAUUGCCGUUGUCUAUAGCACUGCGGGGAAGGUGGGGUUGGGAGGGGGUUAAUAUAGGCGACAUUAUAAGCGCGGGGUUUUUAUAGCCGUCCUAUCCUGAACAAGCUGCAACCUUAUCCCUCAUCCCGUAUCUUUGUAUUAUAUUGUACAGUGGGUUCUGUCACUAUAACUGCAUGUUCGAAUACUAAAUUAUAUUCUAUAUAAAAAAAAUGUAUAAAUAUAAAUGUAAAAAAAUAUAUAUAUACGGUACGGUAAAGACAUAUCGCAUACUCAUUCUACAUUUGUAGACUGGAGACAAUAGCACCUCCUUUUUACUUUUGUGUGCCUGGGGGGGAAAAAAAAAGAAAGAAAAAGUUUUAGCCUUUUUGUCUCAAUGUACGAGCCAAUCAUUUCCCAGCAUGGCAAAGUUUUCUAUUUAGUUUUUGCCCCUAAAUCUAUUCCAGCAACUCCACUGCAAAUACGAAGGGUUUGAUUCCUGAAACGGUUUUGUUUUAUAUGUUUGUUUGUUUUUGUUUUUUCAAAUAUUUUAUAUUUUUUAAUGUAUUUAUAAAUUAAUGUAAAUGUUUCAUGAAUACUAUAUAUACGCCACCAGUGUUCUUCGGUAAAUUACAUGUAGACAUACAAGAGUAUCUGCCAAUGAAUUGCCCAGCUUAGAUUUAUUUAUUUAGUUUUUUUUUUUUUUUUCUCCAUAGCACCCAAUUCUAAGAGUGCCUUAUAUUAAUGUCAAUGUCCAGUCAUGUUCCUGAUGUCUCCACGAGCCAGCUUCAGGGCAGGGCCCAGAGUAAGGAGAGCCAUGUCGAUCCCACUCUUGGAUCAUUUAACUUGCUUCGUAAGGACUUUGUUCCCUUUCUGCUCAACUUUCUGCGUGAACAGACCAGCCAGAUUCUGAGUAAUGGGCCAUCUACCCCUGCAAAAACCCCAAAUGCAAAGACUAGUGCAAAAGCUGUAAGCACUAGCAGCCAAAGGCCCAUCCCAGAGAGGAGGACCCACAAUUCAUCCGCACAUCGUGGAAGCCGCAUUCAGCUUUUUACACAAACCCCCAAUAGUUCCUGCGCUUCAGAUAAAUGUUUUUUGUCCCCAGACUCUGCAUCCAGUGACUCAUCUUUUAUGACGAAAUCGAAUUUUAGUAGAACGUCUUUUCAGAAUAGUCCUAACUCAAGUUUCAGCCCUUCCCAGCACCACAGUGAAAAGCGUUCGGCACAAAAACUAAAUCUAGGGAACGUUUUGGGGCUCACUCCAGAGGGGAACACAGCGAGAAGAGGCAGAAAAAAGAACAAUUCCUCCUAUCGUCAUGCCUCUAAAGACCUGAGCAGACGUUCCCUGGAAGAUGAGACACAAGGAGAGAACAGCCCAUGGAGUAUGCAGAGGAAAAAGCCAGGGUCUGCUAACACAAGUGCCUCACCUGUGAAUGUCACGCUAAAUCUGAACAACUUGGAAGAAUUUCCUCCUAUGGGAGCUUCCUGCGAGUCUGCAAGUAAAACAAAACCAUCACGAAGGAUCAAUCCUACACCGAUCAAUGAUGUACAUUCCAAGUCGAGGCUUUGUUUCACCUCCACUCCAAUUGGUCCAUCUGGUAUGGAGCUCAGCCGCUCAGGAAUGGAUGUGUUUACCAGCGUUCAGGAAGGUGUCUGCACCCCUUAUACAGGAAGUUUACGUGAAGAGAGGGAAAUACUGCGCCAAGAAAGGUCCAAACUAUUGCAGCAAACUUCGUCUCCAGUUGUGUUAGAUCCCAUCACUCCUACCAAACAGAAUUACAGCAGAAGCACCAGUGUAUCAGUAGAUAUUGUAUCCUAUGCUGAUCCUAUCAAAGUGUCAAGUAAAAGACAUCUGAAGGUCCUUGCUGAGCUGUAUUCUGCUUGCAUAACAGAAAAUCUAGUGCCAAAUAUUUUUCUGGAACUUUUUUUUGUCCUUCAACUGCUCACAUUCAGGGGACCAUGUGGUACAGAUGACAGGGACUGUGAGCUGGAAAUCACACGAGGUAUUAAAGAUGCCGUGGAACAGCAACACUUUCAGAGUGUGCACAAUUGUGUAUAUUUUGCUGUUUUGGUCCUCGAUUUCCAGUUUACUAUUAUUUCACUCUUGGAUAAAAGCACCUUGAAACUUCUUGCUGAGAAUGAACGUAUUGGGGCAUUUUCUCCUACCUUGCAAGAACGACUCCUAGAAGCAUACCGGACCAGUACGGGCAAGGUAUCCCUUCUGCUUCCAUCAACUCUGCAUUCAGUGUCUUUCCAGCCAGAGACUGAUAACCGUUCCAAUUUUCCAAGUGAUCGAUCAUUCCAUAUCUUUAAGAAGCAGAGGGAUAUUUUCUAUGAGCUGCUACGUGAGUGGGAAGAUUGCCAUGAGAAGACAGACUGGGACUUUGAGCGUGGUCUGGGGAAUAAGAUAAGAGCCAUGAUGUUUAACCUCUCGGUAGCCUGUAAUCACAGUCAUUUUGCAAGACUCUUUCAGAGGCAGCUUAUUCAGAUGUGUAAGGGACCCACUGGAGGUAUGGGAGGAGUUGGCAGUGGUGAUAAUCCUGACCAAGAUCUGCUCAACAUGCUAGGGUCAGAUGACCUGAACAGACUGAAGCGCCUACAGGAGAGAUUUGUUACUCCUCAGAGUGUUGGUGGCCCUUGUCCUCCUCCCUCUUUUCCUGGAUACCAGGAGUUCUUCAGAGACUUCAUUCUCAUUGCUGCAAACUACCAGUUUAAUCAGCACCUAAUGGAUAGUCUGUGCCAAGAAAUACAGGAGCUGGAUGCCAAUUCCAUUAUGGGACGUGAGACAACAGAUGCUGAGUCAGAUAUGGAAGAACAGGAUGAAAAAGUACGCUUUGCUUCAAUUCUGCUGACUCUACGGCUUUUGGCAAAGUUUCUGGGGUUUGUGACUUUCUUACCCUAUAGAAGCACAGAACAUCUCUCUAGUGAAUUACAAGAAUCUGCAGUUUCCUUACGGAAUCAGACCCUCCCAAUGUUAGAUGUGUUGCAGUUGCUCAGGCGUGCCAUGCAGGACCAUCGCACAGUGUUGACUGUUCCUUGGGCAGUAGAAUACCUUUCACUGGUGGAUUGUGUUGCACCUUACCUGAGUUAUUACAGAAAGGUGUUUUGCCUUUUACUCCACCUGUACAGAAAUAAAUUGAUCCUGGCUGAUGAGAAAGAGAUGAGUUUGUUAAACAAGCUGCUGCUUCUUGCGGUUCUGGGCUGGCUUUUUCAGGUGCCAGAGCUGCCAGAGGAAAUGUUUUUCAACAGUGAAGCAGUUCAGGAUGAAAUCUCGGUAGACUUGUUGGUAUCCAUACAGGGGCUGGACAGUGUACAAUUGGUGGAUCAGCAACUCUUAUACAACUGUUGUCCUUAUAUUGGAGAACUGAAGAAAUUGCUUGUUUCUUUUGUGGCUGGCUGUGGAGCAAAGAAUGGAGGUUUUAUAAGAAAAAUCACCCCCACUGCUGCAGAGCCUCUGAUGCCAAAACCAACUUUAUCACAAAAAAAACUUCAGGCGGAACUGGAACAAGCAUUCUUCCAUAACCAGCCGCCAUCUCUGCGCAGAUCCGUUGAGUUUGUGGCUGAACGUAUUGGAUCCAAUUGUGUCAAACACAUUAAGGCGACUCUGGUGGCAGAUCUUGUGAAACAGGCAGAGGCCAUCUUAAAGGAUAAAGUGACAGAGGACAGUGCAGAAAAUAGCAAGCUCCUGGACAGUGUGAUUGUCCGGCUCUGUGAGGAUGGGCGACAGGCUCUUCACAGAGGCCAAGAAUACUGUAAAAAGAAGGCUCCAGAGGCUGUCAGAGCACUGCUACCUGAGGAGACAUCUUCAUGUGUUCUACGUAGCGCCGAAGAAAUUGCUGUGUCCUUGGCAAUAGAGAAGGCCUGUACGUGGCUGAAUACGAACAUCUCAGCAUUAAUAAGGAGGGACGUGAAGGCCACAUUCAAUCACAUGAUAAAGUCACAGAGUGUCCUAUCCUCGGUGGAAGGUACAGAUGUGAAAAAGGGAUGUCGGGAAGGCUGUGACCACAGAGCAACACUCCCUUCCAGGCUUGUUACUGAAAUAAAAGAAAUGCUGUGCAUUGCUCUUGGGCCACGUGGUAAUGAAGGAGUGGAAAUCACAGAACUCAAACGUUUUAUUGAUCAUCUCUCAGAAACUCUGAAUUGCAGAAAGUAUCUUACCACUACGACAGAACAUCAUCUUGCAAAAUGUACAGUGGAGAUAGCGUCACUUUUAGUGUCUGAUCAAGUUCCGUUGCUGGGGGUCACAACUUCGGAGGCAAAUCCUUUGCAAAAGCAGAGCAGGAAGCUUGAAGAAACCAGGCGUGUCCUGACAUCUUUAGUUAACGUUUGGGCAAAUGAUUUCCGGGUUCCAGUACCUGUCCAGAUAAUGUUGAGACACAAAAACAUUACUAACAUUAAGCAUGUUCAGAGCUGCAAGUGGGAACUGUUCAUGUUUAUGCUACAACAGCUGACUGCAGUGGGGCUUCUACAGAACGCUGACAUCUGCAGACUGCAGGAAUACCAGUGGACUUCAGACUUGUUGAUGGAGCUGGAUAAACUAGUGCUCGAAUCUGAAAUUUUAAGAAAUCCUGAGGAACCCAAGGACUCUCCAUGUAUACAUGUGCCACACACAGUAACCGGAAUCAUAGCUCCCAGCUAGACCCGGGAUCAAUCCUUGUAUAUUCAUUGCUGCUGCUAUCUGUGCUACCUGUGAGUGAAUGAGGACAAGGCGCUGCCAGUGAACAUACGUCUGCUGCCAGGAGCCGACUCACAAGUGACCCCAAGCUGUAAGCACAACUUCAUUCAGAGUUUAUAUUGAUCUUCUCUUAUUUUCUAGAGGGAUCUGUUUAUUUUUAUGGAACGGUAAAUCUAGUAAGUGACUGGGGUUGAUCUGCAUCUUGCUUUGCUAUGGCAGAUGUAUCGCUUUAAUGCGCACAGGUGACAGCUCCACGUUCAACCCUAUUUUAUGUUAUGUUACCUAAAUAAAAGAAUUCAGAAUUUCGGAGGGUUUUAAAAUAACCUUCAACAGGUGUUUUUACAUAAUAUCACGGUAACUGACACUUGGACUUUUUAGUUAUUAAUGUUUUAUAUAUUAAAUCACAAAUGUAAAAUAUAUAACUCACCGUGUGGAAGAGGUGUCUCCAAUUUUACAUGUUGACUACACAGUUUUUUCAAACCAAACUUCAAAUUAAAUAGUAUUUUAUGAUUUA